AUGUCAAAGUAUAAAACGUCGCCUGCAGGAUUCGAACCUGCGCGUCCAAAGGACAAUGCCUUAGCAGGGCACCGCGUUAACCACUCCGCCAAAGCGACACACAUGACUAUCAUGUGUGUUGUAAACAAAUCUCGCUUUAACCAGUUUCUGGUGAGGGAUACCAUACGGUGGAUUCCUUUGGUGGUUUGGUCCGGCGGGACAAGAGUGAUCCUCCCAGGUUUCUUGGGAAAUCUUGCUCCCAAUACCCUGAUACCCAAACCUCCCAAUAUAAUCCCGUUCCUUAAAAUUAAAAUACCCAUCUACAUCGUCACCUCAGAAACACCUGUCACCCACUAA